AACAACAACAGCGCUCUCCGAGCCGAACCACAGCGCCGAGUCGCUUUAUUUCUUUUACUUUUCCCCCCUUUUUAAAACAAUUUAAACGCGAAUACUGAUCAUUUCUGAAGCGCCAUGGCGGUCUGACGGUUCGCUCUGGAUCAUAUGGUUGAUUGUUCUUGUGUGUUUUUCACGCGUUUGGCAGGGAUUAAAGUGUUUUGGGUCUCCUUAUGUUUGAGCUUCUUCCGGCGGCGGCGGCGGGUUCAUCAGCGGUGCCAUGAAUAGCGGACUCCCGGUCUCGGCUGCUCCGCUCGGCGGUGUCGUAAUACCGGGCGUCAAGGUGAAGUUCUGCCGCUAUUACGCGAAAGACAAGACUUGCUUUUAUGGCGACGACUGCCAGUUCCUGCACGAGGACCCGUCCGCGGCUGUGCACGGAGGAGGAAGCGGCGGCAGCCCGGUGACUUUAGCUCUCCCCGGCGGGGCAGUGAGCGCGGCGGCGGCGGCGGCAGUAGCGGGCUAUCCGCCGUGCCCGAGCGGAGCCCCAGCGGGUGUCCCCAAAAAGACUGAUGCUCUCGGGCCUGCAGGAGCAGCUCUGGACGGCCAGUUGUUGAGCAUGACAGGGAUGGACAGUGUGGCGCUCAGCGAUGCGAAUCUGACCAACUCCUAUUUCAGCAGCAGCUUUAUUGGAGUCAAUGGCUUUGGAAGCCCAGCAGAGUCCAAAUACUCAAUGAUGCAGAGGAUGACCAGCAGCAGCAGCUCCCCAAGUCUCCUUAAUGACGGUGCCAAGAAUUUCAGCCACAGUGCUCAUGAUCCUGUCAGUUCUCCCACUUCCUCCCUGUUUAGUGAUUUUGGUGCUUUAAGCAUAACACAGAGGAGAAAGGCUCCUAAUCCUGCUGCCACAGAGUUCAUCCCUAAAGGAGCACCACGCAUGUCUACCAUGUCUCAGGCGGCCGUACCGACGUUUCCCUCGCCUCUCUUCCCCCAUCCCGGGCUGAGCGGCUCCGCCGCAGCGGGACUCGCACCUGGUAUGUCUUUGUCUGCUGGGUCGUCUCCUCUGCACUCGCCCAAAAUCACUCCCCAUACGUCACCCGCCCCCCGGCGCCGUAGCCACACCCCUAACCCCAACCCACCCAAUUACAUGGUGCCCACAACGGCGUCUGACCCGGGAGGCGCCGCCCACAUCAUCCAAAAGGAGACUGUAGGUGGAACCACCUACUUCUACACCGAUAACACGCCUGCUCCCAUGGCUGGAAUGGUGUUUCCAACAUACCAUAUCUACCCACAAACUGCACCUCAUGUGGCGUACAUGCAGCCCAAAGCUAACGCUCCAUCCUUCUUUAUGGCUGAUGAGCUCAGACAGGAGUUGAUUAACAGGCAUUUGAUAACGAUGGCCCAAAUCGAUCAGUCUGAGAACCCAGGAGUCCCAUCUGAGGUGGACAGCUACCACAGCCUCUUUCCCCUGGAGCCUCUUCUGCCUCCUAACCGCCUACAGAAAACCAGCAAAUUCAGUUACAUCACUUCCUGUUAUAAGGCGGUGAACAGCAAAGAUGACCUUCCUUACUGUCUCAGGAGGAUACAUGGCUUCAGGCUGGUGAACACCAAGUGCAUGAUGCUGGUCGACAUGUGGAAGAAGAUCCAGCACUCCAACGCCGUCACACUGCGAGAAGUCUUCACCACCAAGGCUUUCGGAGAUCACUCGUUGGUGUUCUCGUACGACUUCCACGCCGGGGCUGAGACCAUGUACAGCAGGCACUUCAACGACCCGACAGCUGACUCUUAUUUUACCAAGAGGAAGUGGGGUCCACAUGAGCCUCCUCCUCCUCGGCAGCAUGCCGGUCUGCUGCCCGAGUCUCUGAUCUGGGCCUACAUCGUGCAGCUAAGCUCGGCCCUGCGCACCAUCCACACCGCCGGCCUGGCCUGCAGGGUCAUGGACCCCAGCAAGAUCCUCAUCACUGGAAAAACUCGGUUACGGGUGAACUGUGUAGGAGUGUUUGAUGUCUUAACGUUUGACAACAGUCAGAGCAACCACUUGGCACUCAUGCCCCAGUACCAGCAGGCGGAUCUGAUCUCUCUGGGGAAGGUGGUGUUGGCGCUCGCCUGUAACUCUCUGGCUGGUAUUCAGAGAGAGAACCUGCAGAAAGCCAUGGAGCUCGUGUCCAUCAACUACUCAUCCGACCUCAAGAACCUCAUCCUGUACCUGCUUACAGAGCAGAGUCGCCUGCGCAGCGUCAAUGACAUCAUGCCCAUGAUUGGAGCCAGAUUUUACACUCAACUGGACGCUUCACAGAUGAGAAAUGACGUCAUUGAAGAGGAUCUGGCCAAGGAGGUGCAGAACGGACGCUUAUUCCGCCUUCUGGCCAAACUGGGAACCAUCAAUGAGCGACCAGAGUUCCAGAAGGAUCCCACAUGGUCUGAGACCGGAGAUCGCUACCUGCUGAAGCUCUUCAGAGAUCACCUGUUCCACCAGGUGACUGAGGCAGGCACGCCCUGGGUGGACCUGAGCCACAUCGUGUCUUGUCUUAAUAAACUGGACGCCGGAGUGCCUGAGAAGAUCAGCCUGGUGUCUCGGGAUGAGAAGAGCGUCCUGGUGGUGACCUACUCAGACCUGAAGCGCUGCUUCGACAGCACCUUCCAGGAACUGCUGGCUGCCGCCAACGGCUCGCUGUAGCGCCCCUCGCAGGCACGGGGUGGGACUGCCUGAACCGGAGCACAUUGCACUACAGUGAACGAAGACGGGCGCAGCUCGAACGAUCUUAACGGCCAGAACGGAGCCAGCAGGUUGCUCACCUCCAGUCAGAUACACUGUCCUAAAAGGAAGUUGUACUUUUUUUUUUUCCUUCUUUUUUUUCCUAAAGUGUAUUUUUUUAGUUUUCCUAAACUCACAGCUGCUGAAUUCAGAAAACAUUGACAGCUGUGAUUAAUUUUUUAAGACUUGGGGAACAACAACAUUAUUGUUGAUUAAAAAAAAAAAAAAAAAAAAAAAAACAUUAAGGACAAUUUCCUGCUUUUAUUUUUCUUGGUUUUUAUUUUUCUUUUCUAUUGGAGGAUGCACUAAAAAUUUUAAGUUUUUCCUUUUUAAAGAAAACGACGUGGGUUGUGUCUGUCGAAGAAAAGGACAAGGAAUUAGGUUUCAAAAUAAAUUGUUUAGGCA